GGUGAUGCUUGCAGCUCACAGUCACUGGUGGUGAACACAACACCCUGAAUCUUGUCAAGGAGCCAGAAUUCAGAGCUUCUGUGUGGGAACCCAGCGGAUGAGACACCUUCUUCAGGUGAGGAGAGGGAAAUGUGGCACGGUGCCUGCUUAACGGCACAGACUCUGACAGUUCUUUGUUCUGCUGUCUCUGGGGUGUAUCAGGAGGGACUAGAAAGGUUUCUGCAUCCUGACAGUAUUCCUGGAAACGGAGAAGAGUUACAGCAUCUCCCCUGGAAGGGGAUCCAGGAUGGCUUCAACUUGGCAGAAAAUUCAAGAGUUCUACAACUGGGCCCUUGAAAAUGGAGACCCAAGAACAGACCCCUGGCUCCUGGUUUACUCUCCACUUCCAGUCACACUGCUCUUCACCCUCUACCUCUUAUUUGUGGCACUGGGACCACGCCUCAUGCGGAAGUGGGAGCCACUGAGGCUAAAGGGUCUGCUGACUGCCUAUAAUUUGACCCUGGUGGCUCUGUCAAUCUAUAUGUUCUAUGAGUUCCUGGUAACUUCACUCUUGGCCAACUAUAGUUACCUGUGUCAGCCAGUGGAUUACACCACAAGCAAGUUGGGAAUGAGGCAGAUGGCGAGAGUGUGUUGGUGGUUCUUCUUCUCCAAAGUCAUUGAGCUGCUUGAUACGGUCUUCUUCAUUGUGCGCAAGAAGCCUGAGCAGGUGACUUUCCUACAUGUGUAUCAUCAUGGCACCAUGCUUUUCAACUGGUGGGCUGGUGUCAAAUACGUGCCUGGAGGACAGGCCUUCUUCAUUGGGAUGUUGAACUCCUUUGUGCACAUUUUCAUGUACCUGUAUUAUGGGCUGGCCAGCCUGGGACCACAAAUGCAGCACUAUCUGUGGUGGAAACGCUAUCUCACCAUCCUGCAGCUGUGCCAAUUUGUGGCCAUCGCCAUUCACUCCUCCUAUAACCUCUUCACAGAGUGCCCAUUCCCUGAUGGCUUCAAUGUUGCAGUUUUCCUCUACAUCCUCAGCCUCAUUGUUCUUUUCCUAAACUUCUACUACUGGACCUACACCAGGAGGAAGUGGGAGAAACUAACAUGAAGAAGAGGGGCAUGGUCUGAGGACAUUGCUGGAAUUCACAUAUACUCCACUGCCUCUACCUCGAUUCCACUUAGAAGGUGCAUUUGGAGAGGUUGAGGGAGGAUCAUGCAAGCAGAUUCUUGGUUGCUUUAUUGUUAUCAGUUGGGAAGGGAAAAGGAACUAGAGGGCUCAGAAGAAAAGUAAUGGGGUACUGAGGUGUUUGCUUAUUGAACAUAGAUCAUUAUAGUCAUCAACAUUUGGUGGCCUGUGUGAAACUGGCUGUUUUGUCUCAGGUCCAGUACUAAUGGGUUAGUGUCCAAAGUACAGUUGACAUAUUUGUUACAAAUAACAGCAGAGGUCAGGAACUCACUGGGAUUUGAGAAUGUAUUAGCUUGUCAUCCCUCCAUAUCAGGAGCAUAUAUUCUAUCUCCAUAUUCCCUCCAUAUCCGGAGCACACGAACAGAGAAUAGACUUCAUCGUGCUCUCUCUUUCACAAGUGUGUAACCCCACUGACUUCAGUAUAAGUGAGAGGGGAAUCAGGUACUCACCACAGGAAACUUGCUCUGCUGCUGCACCUGCUCUCUGGCUCAACCAAGGGCAUCGGUCUCCAGAGCUGUCAACCCAGCACUAACAUUCACCCUAAGGUGAGGCACCUUUGCAGCACUCGUGAGGAUGGGAUGCAUCAAGGGGAAGAGCACAUGGGCACACAAGUAAAUGAAACUGGAAGCAGCUAGUCUCCCCAAGAUGAUUCAUAGCCAAGAAAACAAA